UCAGUCAUUAACAAUCCAGUCUUCAAACAAAUUAACCUUCAAACCACUUGUCUGCACAAUGAAGCUUUCAUCCGCUGUCGUUCUUUUCUCUGUCUUUGCUCUUCCUGCUUUUGCGAUGCAGGUCGAGGUGACCUAUGACAGCUUCUAUGACAAUGCAUCCACUUCCCUCGCUGAUGUCGCUUGCUCUAAUGGUGCUAAUGGCCUGUUGACAAAAGGCUUCACCACUUUCGGCUCUCUCCCUUCAUUCCCCAAUAUCGGGGGUAUUCCCAACGCCACUUGGAAUUCACCUCUGUGCGGUACCUGCUGGAACUUGCAGUACACUACUCCCGCUGGGACACACGAGAGCAUCUAUAUGACCGCUAUCGAUGCGGCAUAUACGUUCAAUCCGUCCCUUGAGGCAUUUGAGGCAUUGACAGACAACACUGGUGUCCCUGCGGGCACGGUCUCUGCUACCGCCACCCAGGUAGCCGAGAGCAACUGUGGUUUAUAAUGAUAGUAAUGUCAUAUUACCAGACCAUUUUGGAAGUUUGAAGAGUUAUUAGCUUACACCAUGGACUUUUCGUCUUACCGUCUCGCUUCUUCUACCUUUACUGCUAUAUAUAAUUGGCUUUCGAUGAGCAUUCGAAGUACAGUUGUUCGCAGUACUCACUCGUUCGGACUUGUAUUAACUUGAUUGUCUAUAAAUGGAAAUUUGUCUUGAUCUGA